UAUUUCAUUACAGGCCAGAUCCUCCAAGUAGUUAGAACUGCAAAUGGAGCUCAGUAUAUCAUUCAGCCACAGCAGCCAGUUGUUUUACAGCAGCAGGUCAUACCGCAAAUGCAGCCUGGUGGAGUACAAGCACCUGUUAUACAGCAGGUUUUGGCACCUAUCCCUGGAGGAAUUCCCCAGCAGACAGGAGUGAUUAUUCAGCCUCAGCAGAUCCUGUUUACAGGAAAUAAAACACAAGUCAUACCUACAACAGUGGCUGCCCCUACACCAGCUCAAGCACAGAUUCCUGCAGCUGGUCAGCAGCAACCACAGCAACAACAGGCACAACCACAAGCACCACUUGUUCUCCAAGUUGAUGGAGCAGGGGACACAUCGUCUGAAGAAGAAGAAGAUGAGGAAGAAGACUAUGAUGAUGAUGAAGAGGAAGACAAAGAAAAAGAUGGGGGUGAAGAUGGCCAAGUUGAAGAGGAGCCUCUUAACAGUGAAGAUGAUGUGAGUGAUGAAGAAGGACAAGAACUGUUUGAUACGGAAAAUGUUGUUGUGUGCCAGUAUGAUAAGAUUCACAGAAGUAAAAAUAAAUGGAAAUUUCAUCUCAAAGAUGGCAUCAUGAAUCUUAAUGGAAGAGAUUAUGUAUUUUCCAAAGCCAUUGGGGAUGCAGAAUGGUGAAGUUUUAAAAGACAAAACAAAAAAACUCCCUGUAAAAGGGAAAAAAAAUCAAAAGCAGGAAAGGUUGAGACUUGGACAUAUACUCCAAUCAAAAUGUGUAUCUGCACAUCAGAAAUAAACAAUAAACAAAAGUAUUGGAACAAAGGUGAAAUGUGGCAACAAAGACACUACUUCAGAUGAGCAAGCCAUGGACUGUAGCAGCUAAAGUGUUGUCUGGGAGCUGGUUUUGUGUGUUAGGAAUACCUUAAUUAUCAAUUCUACAUACAGGUACCUACAGCUGGUAUUUAGCAUGUAAGGCUUUGUUCCCCCCAUCCUUUCUUCCCUUGAUUCAAGAUUUUAAAAUACUUCUUCCACUGAUUGAAGGAACUCUUCCCUUUGAUAGAUUAUUAAUCUGAAAAUGCUUAUUGUGUGUACAAAUCUUUGCUUUGAACACUUCCUUUUGGUAGUGAGGAUGGUCUGAAUGUUACUUAAACUGCGUGCAAGCUUUGUACAGAAGGGUA